UUACAGAGGUUUUGCGUCUCAGAGAAAUUGUUAUAAAGGUAUUAAGUAGUAAGAAACAGAAGUUAAAAGGCAGUACACGUAAAUAAUAAAAACCAAGGGGAGUAGAAAGCAAAACUUCUAAUUACACAAUAGUUGCCUUUUCGUUCUCUCUCUAAUAAAGGUUAUCGUAUCACACAAGAUUAGAUCCUCUCGUCCGUCCUCUCUCUUGAUUCAGCUAUCUGAUCGAAUCUUAAGCAAUCUUGUUCUUAGAUCUUCUUCAGUCUUAAAACCCUCUUGAAAGAAAGAAUGGUUGAGACUAGUGAGAAGGUUUCUUCUCCGUAUACACGUAAAGACUUGGAGUUUUUCAAGGUUUAUCUUCCCGAAUUUAGUUCUCACGAACUUGUGAUACCUCAAGCAUUCAUAAACAUCUUAGGUAAGCCAUUAUCCAAGAAAGUGGUAUUAGUAGAUGAGAUCGGGCGGUUAUGGGCUGUGGAGACAAAGACAGAAGAAAGAGUUGGUGUUGGUGUUGUUUUCAAACAAGGUUGGGAAAAAUUUGCAAACGGUCAUUCACUCGAGUUUGGCGACUUUCUGUUGUUUAGAUACGACGGCGACUCUAGAUUCGACGUUGCUAUUUACGCUAAAGACGGAUGUAAAAAGGACCUUGAUAGAUUUAGGGUUUCUGUUGAGGUAGAACCGGUUAUUGUUAAACCGGUGGGUAUUUCUAUCAAACCGGAACCUUGGGAAGGUUGUGGCAAGAGGGUCAUGCAGAAUCGUAAACGCGUUUCCGUUAGGGAGGAGCGUAAUGUUCUUGGCGAGAUUGAACCGGAUCACCGAAGAAAUACUAGGAGAAAAGUUAACCGGUCUAGAGAUCCUCGUGAGAUGUCAUGGGUUGCUGAUAAGAAACACCAAGGAUUUGAAGAACCGGUUUAUAAACCCAAAAAUCCGCAUUUUGUGAGGAAUAUUAGAGCCGGUUCACUUCGUCAACUGGAAAUACCCACAACUUUUCUGAAAGCUAAUGGGAUUGAGCUGAAGGAAGGCCAAGACAUCGAGCUUUGUGAUGAAAAUGGAAAGAAAUGGCCAUUGAAGAUUGAAAAACACGACAGAGGACACAUAUUCUCAUACGACUUGUGGUUGUGUUUCUGUGAAAGCCAUAACUUGAGGAAUCCCAAUAAGUGUUUGUUUGAGUUUAUUGUAUCAAGUGAUGGGACAUGCAACCAGAUUCUAGUUCGUAUUUUCCGUGGGACGUUGCUUACUACUGCUACCAAAAGUGGUUACCACGUUCUUUCUAUGUAAACUUAAAACUAAUGUAUACUUACUUCACUCUGUUAGA